AUGCUAAAUGUGUUCAUAAGAAUUAAGGGUAGCCUCAGUGACCAGGUGGAAAGCAGGAUGAUGGCAGCUUUGACCUACCUAACACUUUUCCUGCUCACAGGUCUGUGUAUUUGUCAGAAUGUUCUGGAGCGUGGCCCUGCCAUUGGUGCUGUUGGGGGCAGUGUGUGGCUCAAAACAAACGUAAGUAACCCACACGAGCCCUACAUGGUCCUGCUGUGGAGUCGCAACUUGGUGAACGUUAUCACCUAUGUGGAAGGCGAGCUCAACACUACGUACAGCCACGUCUCUCUCAACAACAUCACUGGCUCUUUGGAGCUCCGGGACUUGACUCUGGGAGACGCAGGUGUUUACUACCUGGAUAUGGUGCCAACUGGAUCACCUGCAGAACAUGGGAAAAUUACAUUGCAGGUUUUUGAGAUUAUAUCCAAUGCCUCCAUCAUACCCACGCCUGCUGUCACGAUUGCUCACCAGAGUUCACUCCACUUAACCUGUGAGGCUCAAGGGAAUAUCAGCAGCAUCGAGUGGACAAAGGAUGGAAGGCACCUAUCCCUUGGCGGCAGAAUCAGCCUUCAACAAAACAACAGAGCAUUGGUCAUAAGCCCGGUAAAGAGAGCAGACGAUGGCCUGUAUGAAUGUCUUCUCAGCAAUCCUGUCAGUAACAUGACAGCUGCCUACACAUUGGCUGUCAGCUAUGGACCUCUGAAUGUGACCUUAAAUGGACCGACAGAAAUCAGUGACUCUGUUGAUGCAACAUUCCUCUGCUCUGCUGAAUCCUACCCCCCUGCUGAGUUCUCCUGGACAUUCAAUGGCGCAAGCAUAGACGUCACUGGUGCUGUGUACAAACUUAUAAAUAGUAAAGUAGGAGAUUCUGGCAACUAUACAUGCACAGCCAACAAUUCCAACACUGGCAGCAAAGUCUCCGUCACACGUAUGCUGAUUGUGUACGAGAUUAUAUCCAAUGCCUCCAUCAUACCCACGCCUGCUAUCGAGAUUGCUCACCAGAGUUCACUCCACUUAACCUGUGAGGCUCAAGGGAAUAUCAGCAGCAUCGAGUGGACAAAGGAUGGAAGGCACCUAUCCCUUGGCGGCAGAAUCAGCCUUCAACAAAACAGCAGAGUAUUGGUCAUCGACCCAGUGGAGAUAGCAGACGAUGGCCUGUAUGAAUGUCAUCUCAGCAAUCCUGUCAGUAACAUGACAGCUGCCUACACAUUGGUUGUGAGUUAUGGACCUCUGAAUGUGGCCAUAAGUGGACCGACAGAGAUCAGUGUCUCUGAUAAUGCAACAUUCUUCUGCUCCGCUGAAUCCUACCCUGCUGCAGAGUUCUCCUGGACAUUCAAUGGUGCAAAGAAAGACGUCACUGAUGCUGUGUACAAACUUAUAAACAGUACAGUAGGAGACUCUGGAAACUACACAUGCACAGCCAGCAAUCCCAACACUCGCAGAAAAUUCUCUGUCACACGUAUGCUGAUUGUGAAUGGUGGACUCAGCUGCUUCAAAAGUGGAAUUCUGCCAGGAGUCACUCUGUCAAUAACCAUGAUGAUUGUCCUUGUUUUUUGAUAGCAAAUCGUGUCGUAAUAAUAGAUAUGGAACAGAUUAAACAGUGUACAUUUUCAGAGAACUAUCAACAUAUAAUAAUAUGUUAUCAAGACUUCAGCACUCAAACGUUAAUAGUUUGUGAUAUUUGGUGGGGUUUUUUUUAAAGUAUAGUGCAAAUACUAUGAUAACAGGGCAUCCCAAAAAAUGUAAAUACACUUUAAAGCUUUGCAAAGCAAGUGUUUAAUAAAAGUAAUCUAUUCAAUGUGUAGUAGAAUUGACAGACAUAAUUUUGUCACCACCUGCUCUCAAACUGAUGUAUGAUGUAAGACUCUAAACUGCAAUCCUAUGGCAGCCAUGUCGCUUUAGGAGACGACAAGACUUGGAGAAUGAAUGGAAUUGAAUGGAAAGUCACACCCAUUUAGGAGACUCAACUUAAUUCCAUUUUGUUGCAUUGGUGACGUGUCCUGCAGCUUAUCUUGGGCUACCAAAUUGAAUGUCUUUGCUUAAACCAGAUAAUCUGUAACCAAUGAGAGGCAUCGAGUGAAACAUGAAUGGGUUUCAAGGGAGCUGUCAAAAUAACUUUGUUACAAUAUUUUUUUCCCCAUUGUAUUACUUUUUGCCUGAAACUAGUCAUAAAAAGAAUUCAUUUGAACCAUACUUAGAUUAUGUGUGCCUAUAGAAUAUAGAUUAUUAUAUAUUGAGUCAGCAAGAUAUAUUUACAGUAUGACACCAAAUCCAUACAUUAGCAGAAUAGUAGCCAGUACAGGUCAAAAUCUAUACACCCAAAGAGCUUGACAAUACCUCCUCUUACAGAAGAAUAACCAUAAUUCGUAACAGGACAUGUGACCUUAUGAGGUUGAUGAUGACUGACAAUUGGAGUAAAAAGCAUUUUAGUAUUAUGGGGCACCUAAGUCACUUCCUGACUUCCUGGCCUUAAGUUGUAAAAAAAAAAAAAAGAAUGGAAGAGAACAGGGCGAGUCAUGGUGGAUUUGUGGUGAAUGGGUGGAUUUUAAAGACUUGGAUUGGCAUCGUAAGUCUACACAUUUCAAGCCCAGUCAUUUUUUUUACCUACCAGGUCCCAUGAUGCAACAGGAAAGGGCGGAGACUUAAAGGUUCCUCAUUCAGGUUUCAUCACUUGCCUGCGUUCGCCACAGAUAUCCUAUAGGAUGACUAGAUACGUCAUUGCGUAGGCCUAUUUCAAGCACGUCCGCACAGGUUGGCUAUAUUAGCACAGCCUAAACUCUCCACAGACCCUCCGUUACACCUGAAGUAAACUGAAGAAUUGUAAAAAAAAAAGUAGGGCUCCUUAAAACUUAAAAGUGUAGACUGGGGUAAAACGCCCAGGAGGAGAGUAAUACAUGCUUCCCACUUAGCCUAUUUGUCCAAAAAAUUGGAUUGACCUACAGCAAAUACACAUACCAUUGCUGUGCAUUACGUUGACGGCAUGGAUAAUAUUCAUUGCACCAAAUUAAAGACGACAGAGAUGACGUAGGCCAACUGGAAGAUAGAUUGACAGCGCAACAAGUUAAUUCUAUCUAGAUGGCUUAAGCGUCACGACUCAUUUUGAACACAAGGUGGAGCUGUCUAAACCAAAGCAGAAUGUAGACUACAACGUUUAUUUGUUAUUUUACUGAAAAUAUAAAAGAAUUCUUUGUGCAUUUGUUUAUGGGAUCUAUUUAAUUACCUGAAUAAGCCUACUAAACUAUAUUAUACAUGAUUGUAGGCCUAUGCACAUUAUAAUAUAAUGUAAUAGCCUAUAAUAUAAUAAUAAUAAUGUGAAUAUUCAUCACUAUGCAGUAUCAACAUAUACUUUCGUUUGGAUUUUUUUAUACUGUAUAACAAACCAACCCUUUCGAAAAUCGAUUAUGGUCUCUGAAGACCAAAAAGCUCACUGCAACUGGGUCAGCCAGCAGGCUGUGCUGACAUGGCCGCCAUGCGCGGACGUUCGACUUGACUGACGGGAACGUGGAUGACGCAUCUAGUCUUCCUAUAGGAUAUCUGUGGUGUUCGCUAUCUAGGGGGAACUGCAUGUUUCCGAAGGACCAAUAGGUGCCAAUGGGAGUUCCUAUUUAAAAAAUAGUUUAGAAUUUCAAAUGUACACACCACCCAAAAUAAACACAAUGCUUGAAGAACAUGCCUGUACAUUGACUAAUUAUUCUACCUUCUUCAAUGGCAGUAUGGAAAAAUAUAUUCUAUAAAAUGAUUUCAUAAUUGCAACAGAUCCUGGUAUGAAUUGCAUUAACAUCAAGAAAACAAUUGUAUGUU